AUGCCGAAAUGGUGGAAAAUUAAUAAAUCUAAAACUAUUUCAAAAAGUAAAUCAACUGAUACAAUAAAUUCAUCUAAUAAAUAUAAUAAAAAAAAAAAACAUCGUUCAUUAAGUUCCUUCUUUUUUAAUAAACAACAAAUAUCUGAUACAAAUUCACAUCAAAAAAUCAUAAAAGAUAAUUCAAUAUUUCAAACUGAUCAAACUAAUUUAUCUAUUGAUAUUGAUCAAAUUCAACAGAAACAAGAUCCAAUAUUAACUUAUUCUCAAGGGCAAUCAACAAUAUCUAAUCAAUUACAACGAAUUCCAUUAAAAAAUUAUUAUCAAUCAAUACAAUAUUCAAAUUUAAAAUCACCAAUAGAUCAUAAUAGAAAAAUUACAUUUGAAAAUAAUUCGAAUAUUGAUUAUCAUUCAUAUGGAUAUAUACAAUUUUUUAAUAAAAUAAUUAAUGAAAAUAAUUCAUGUUUUGGUUUUUCUUUAUCUUAUAUAACAUCAAAAUAUGCUAUAUAUAUGAUUAUAAUCAUAUUUCUUGGCAUUUGUCUUGUUAUAUCAUUGAUGAUUAUUUUUAAAAAAUUAUAA